AUGGUAGCAACCAAAGCAACCAAAGAAACCGACGAGAUAUUCUCCGACGAAUCAAGUUUCUACGGUACCAACCUACCAUUCCCAUCAACAAGAAACCCCCAAGCUAACAUCCACACAGGCGACGAAGAUGUAAAGACCAAUCUCGAAAAACAAGCAACAACAUACGACCCAGAGCCAUACUGGGUCUCAACCCACGAUGCCCUCCUCUCAACAAUCCAGCAGCACCUGCGCGCCCCACCAGCUACAAGGGACUCACCCCCAGACGUCACCAUGGAAGACGCAGAUGCAGAACCAGCCACCAUCCCCCGCAGCCAGCGCGGCAAGACGGAGCCGGUAUCCCGCUUCCUCUCCCGCCUCCCGCCAUCAACAACCCAGGCCUCCGCCGUAGGACACUUCAUCUGGAUGUACAACCCGCACGCCGCGCCAAGACGCAGCGGCGACAUCCCGACCCUCCUGCGAAAAGGCAGAGAACUAUUACUAGAGUAUGAGGAUGAAGCGACUAGCUUGCGUGAGGCGCACGAUAAGUCUGGUGCGAAGACGACGGCGCCGUUGACUAGGAAGCUUAAUCCGCUGAGGAAGGAGCUGGAGAAGAAUAUCUUGCAGCUUGGGCGGGAGACGGGUGUUACGGAUGGGAAGUGGAUGUUGUUUGCUAGUGCUGAGAAGGUGGAUGAGGUGUGGGCGACGGUUGUUCGUGCUAUGGAGAGGGGGGAGCUUGGGGGUGCGGCGAAGGUUGCUGCGGAUGGUGGGGAGGGGUCGAUGGAGGGGCGGUUGAUUUGUGUUUAUACGGAGGAUUUUGGGGAUACGGGGGAUGUGAAGAGGGUUUUGAGGAAGUUGGUUGAUCUUGGGCUUGUUGGGAAGGGGAAGGGGAUUUUCUAUAAGUGUGAUGCGUUUACGCAUCUGGAGAUUAACUCGAAGAAUGAGUAUGGGCUGAAGGCGAGUAUGUACUCGAGUCGGGAUAUGCUUGGUUGA